UUUCGUUGGAAUAUCCGUUGCACAUUUAUGGCGAUUCUGAGUGUGAGGGCAGACUUCUGCCAGGCUCAGCACAGCGUUCUCGCUGACAAGUGAGCUUGGGGUUCUAUGUGCCACAAUUAACAUUGCCUUGAAGCCUCUGGACACCGAGACUGGCCUCAGAAAUAUUGUCUUUUUUUUUUAAUUGCAAGUAUUUUCUUUUAAUGACUCCAGUAAACUUAAGCAUCAAGUACACAAAAGUGGAAAACGACCUACACUUUUAACUUGUCUCAGUCACUAGUGCCUAAAUGUAGUAAAGGCUGAUUACAUUUUGUAUGUAGUUCGAGUUUUUUGGAGUCUGAAGGUAUUCAUCUGCAGACAUUGAGGCCCAAUUUGAAUUUGGAUUCAAGUGGAUUCUAAAUACUUCUGCUUAUCUUGAAGAAAAGCCUCAUAAAGAAUAAAGUUGAAUAGAUAAAAUACUGAUUGAUAUUAGGCAUUUUAGUGGUCUUUUUAAUGUUUUCUGCUGUGAAACAUUUCAAGAUUUGUUGAUUUUUUUUUUUCAUUUUCCCCAUUACACUCAUCACACGCACGCUCACACUUUUUAUUUGCCAUAAUGAACCGUCCAGCCCCUGUGGAGAUCUCCUAUGAGAACAUGCGUUUACUGAUAACUCACAACCCUACCAAUGCUACUCUCAACAAGUUCACAGAGGAACUCAAGAAGUAUGGAGUGACAACUUUGGUUCGAGUUUGUGAUGCUACAUAUGAUAAAGCUCCAGUUGAAAAGGAAGGAAUCCACGUUCUAGAUUGGCCAUUUGAUGAUGGAGCUCCACCCCCUAAUCAGAUAGUAGAAGAUUGGCUAAACCUGUUAAAAACCAAAUUUCGUGAAGAGCCCGGUUGCUGUGUUGCAGUGCAUUGCGUUGCAGGAUUGGGAAGGGCACCUGUGCUGGUUGCGCUUGCUUUGAUUGAGUGUGGAAUGAAGUAUGAAGAUGCAGUUCAGUUUAUAAGACAAAAAAGAAGAGGAGCAUUCAAUUCCAAACAGCUGCUUUACUUGGAGAAAUACCGACCUAAAAUGCGAUUACGUUUCAGAGACACCAAUGGGCAUUGCUGUGUGCAGUAGGAGGAAGCAUGGACGAAGGCUUACUUGAUUGUGGCCGUUAGAGGGGACUCUUGCUACCUAGAAAUGUGAAUCUGAAAUCUUACCUGUGUCAUCGAAGUAGUGAUGAUGGAUUCAGUACUCCUCAACCACUCUCCUAAUGAUCGGAAAAAAGCAAAUAAAAAAGAAAUCCCUUCAUAACAUAAAUGUUUAAGGAAAAAAAAAAAAAGAGAAAGAGAAAAGGGAUUAAUUCAGCAAAGGAUGAUUUUGCUCCUAAUUUUGGAGUUUUAAUUUCAGCCAGGAUUGAAUUAUUUCAAAAUCUCUUUAUCUUUUUUAACUUUUUCAAAAUAGGUCUCUAAAGAAAACCAGCAAAAUAUUAGGCUGUGCAUAACCAUCUGUUUGGGGAGCACAUUCUUCCAGUGUGCUUGGCACAUAGAUCUCCCUGUGGUAGGAUUUUAUUUAAGGGGAAAGAAAGGUGUAUUUUCCCCUUCUUUUCUCCUUUCUCCUGUCUUUUCCCUUCUCCCUUCCCCAUACACAUUGUAGAUGGAAUAGGAGAAGUCGUCGUUGCUGUAGAUUUGCGUGCAGUCUGGCAGCCUUAAGCCCACCUGGGCACUUUUAGAAAAAAA